UACUCGGCAGUGAUUUAUAAAGCCGGGAACACACAAGCUGUCGCCAGUUCGCAGCUACGCUUCACAACACAUUGUGCCAUCUGUUCUUAACUCGAAAAAUCGACAAAUAUGUCUCUCCCAACAGUCACGAUCGACGAGCUGUCAAAGGGCAUCGAUGACCCUACCACCAAUGCCAGCGCUAAGAAACUUCUAGAAGGAAUCCUUAACGACUUCAUGGACUUGCAAUACGGCAAGGAGACUCCGUACACCACCGGCAAGCAAGUCAUCCCCUCUGGUUGUACUGCUCAAGACUUAGACACCGCUAUUGCAGAUGAAACUACCGACAAAAAGUUUAAAGCUGUAUUUGUUAAGAUCUCGGAUGUUAACAAGAGUGGUGAUCUCACCCCGCAGACCAAUAAUGGUGGAUGGGACCCCAAGUACACCCCCGUUCUUGUCCUUGUUACUCCUAACCCUUAGAUUAGUUGUAUAAGUUAUUUA